CGGGUUUUUUUUACUCACGUGUCGGAGAGGCUGUAAAGCAAACCCACGUGAGGUCGCAGAAGUAAAGUCCAGAUGUUAGCGGACCGGAUAGGAUAGGAAAGGGAUAUUCGACAGAGACGAGGAGUUCCAGCUCGGGUGGGAUUUGUGGUCGAUAAAGUCAAGACCCUGGCAAAUAUUUGACAAAAGAGGAGACCAGGACUUCAGACUCAACCAACAUACUGGAUUUUCUGCAGCAAUUUUGAAGACUUUUUUUUUUUUUUCUUCUUUCUGUCCAGUAAAACGUUUUGACUCCAGCCAUGUCAGAGGACAACGAGUUGUCCUACAGUGCUGCCAUCCAGGAGGCCAGCACCUCCAUCUCUCGCUUCCCUCUCAUCCCAGUUAAAGGGAUUCCUCUCAUGAGCCUCAUCGCCAUUAACUUUGACGCCAUCUCAGCUUUCUGUCCUGACAGCUCGGACCUCCUCAUUGCCACCUACCCCAAAGCAGGGACAACAUGGACUCAGGAGAUAGUUGAUCUGCUUCUUCACAACGGGGAUGCCGUGGCUUGCAGACGAGCCCCCACGCUGCUCCGUAGUCCUUUCCUGGAGAUCUGGAGCCCACCACGUAUCCCCUCAGGUCUUGAGCUCCUGAAUAAAAUGGCUCCCCCGAGAAUCAUUAAGACACAUCUGCCAAUUCAGCUGGUUCCGACUGGAUUUUGGGAAAACAAGUGCAAAACCAUCUACGUAGCGCGCAAUGCUAAGGACAACAUGGUGAGUUACUACCAUUUUGAUCGCAUGAAUUUGACCCAACCUGAGCCUGGACCUUGGGAGGGCUACAUCCACAAGUUCAUGCGAGGAGAGUUGUCGUGGGGCUCCUGGUACGAUCACGUGAAAGGUUAUUGGGAGGAACGAGAGAAGAGGAACAUCCUUUACAUCUUCUAUGAAGACAUGAAAGAGAAUCCCAGACGUGAAGUGGAACGCAUCAUGAGGUACCUGGACUUGUCCCUCUCUGAUGACGUCAUCGGCCGCAUUGUGGAGCUGACGAGCUUCAAAGCAAUGAAGGAGAACCCAAUGGCCAACUACACCUUCAUUCCCAAGAAUGUUUUCGAUCAGUCCAUCUCGGACUUCAUGAGAAAAGGUCAUUCAAUGCAUGAGUCAAACGUUGUUAUAGUACAGCAGUGGCCCCUAGAGGUUUUGGUAGUCACUGCAUUCUCCUCUGUCCUAUUUUCAAAAUUAGUCAUUUUUGAUGCUGUCAAACAAGGGCGGGGAACCUUUUUCUAUCAUGCAACAUUCUAACAAAUGUUAAUUAAUCAGUUUAAAAAUGUGCAACUUAAUCUAUUUUGUGCCUUUAAAACACAUUCACUGCCAUUGAUGGCUUUUAAAGUCAAAUAUCCAUGUUAACUGGGAAGGCUGGCAGUGAAUGAGUUAAAAAUUGUUCCUCUGAAGCUUUAAAGACCGUCUGGCAAUUGUUUUAAAUUAUUUAGCAGACUUGUUACCAACACGUCACACUUUAUUUUCACUUUACAGGGCGUGAAAUGUUUUUCAAGGUGCAUGUCAGCAUAAAAAGUGGCGCAUCUGUUCUUCUUCUUCUUUGACAGGAGAAGUCGGUGAUUGGAAAAAUCAUUUUACCCUUGAGCAGUCAGCAGAGUUCGACGAGGACUACGAGAAGCAAAUGAAGCAAGUCAACAUACCGUUCAGAACGGAGAUCUAAUAGGCUUGUUUGCAGCGUUUCAAUUCUUGUCAAAGCUACUUCUGGGUUAAAAAGAAAUCUACCAUAAAACCUAGAAGAGAAAGACGACAAGUGAAAAAUAUAUCAAUAGAAGAGACCACUUAUGAUACCACUUUGUUACUACUUUUGUUCCUCAAUUUAAUGCAUCAUUGUGGUUAAUGUGGGAAUAUUACACAGUAAUGUAGUCCGAAAUUAUGUAGUACAACACAAUAUUUUACAGAUUAUUUAAAUAUGCAAUCUAAUUUGAUUGUCACAAUAUUGACCGUACCUUCCUUACCUCAUGAAACACGCGGUUGACUAAACAAACGCGUUCACACCCAGAGUUUGAAAAACUGAAAUAGUGAAAUUCAAACACAGACUUUUGACAUUGGCAUGGUAUUCUAUCUUCCUAGCUUUACUUCUGCUUUGUUUAAAUCCAUCCAGCCAGCCAUUUUCUACUCUAUAUCUUGUCCUUAUUAGGGUCACCAGUAUGCUGGAGCCUGUCCCACCCUUGACUGGUCAUAGGCCACAGAUAAACAAACCAAUAUUCGCACUCACAUUCACACUUACGUAUGGACAAUUUAGUCUUCAAUGAACCUACCAUGCACGUUUUUGGAAUGUGGGAGGAAGCCAGAGGAGAACAUGCUAACUCCACUUAGGAAGGCCGAAGUGGAGAUUCGAACCCCAAACCUGAGAACUGUUUGCAGAUGCGCUAACCACUCCAGUACUGUGCUCUCUUUGUUUGAAUCAUAGGAAUGGGAUGGAUUGGAUUGCUCAUGUGGGGGAAAAAAAAGUAUCUGCUUUGAUUCACAUGCUCAUUAUCAAAGGAACCCUUUGCCUCUUUUUCAAAAAGUCUCCAUAAUGCCAUGGUGUAAUUGCUUCAUUCCUAAUGCAUGGUUUCUACAACAAGAUUUGCUAGAGUUUGAAUAUUUCACAGGAUUCAUGUCAAGGUUUUAAAUGACUAAAUUACAGCGCUUACUGUAUGACUUAGCCCAAUGCUUAAAAUCAUGAAUGCAAUAAAAAUUCAUCCAAUGUC